AUGGGUUGGUCCAUGAAGACUCACAAUCACAGAAGGCCAUUCUCCUAUUUGAUAUUAGCAUAGGGCAGUAUAUAAAAACGCGCCUGUAGCAAUGUUUGUUAAUUCAGCUUUUUGUCUUUGAGCUUAGCAUCAUGCCUGAACCAGCCAAGUCCGCGCCUAAAAAGGGCUCAAAGAAGGCCGUCACUAAAACCGCUGGCAAAGGAGGAAAGAAGCGCAAGAGGUCCAGGAAGGAGAGCUACGCUAUCUAUGUGUAUAAAGUCUUGAAGCAGGUUCAUCCCGACACCGGAAUCUCCUCUAAGGCGAUGGGAAUCAUGAACUCUUUCGUCAACGACAUCUUCGAGCGCAUCGCCGGUGAAGCGUCUCGUCUCGCUCACUACAACAAGCGUUCCACUAUCACAUCGAGAGAGAUCCAGACCGCCGUGCGUCUGCUGCUUCCCGGUGAGCUGGCCAAACACGCCGUGUCUGAGGGCACAAAGGCUGUGACCAAAUACACCAGCUCAAAGUAAAGCGGUGUCUAAUCUGACUAACGAACCCAAAGGUUCUUUUAAGAGCCACCUAUAUUGUCUUUAAAAAGAGUUUCAAAUGAUGGUUAUUCUGUUGUGGUUAGGAGACAAUGUAACGCUUUUAGUCUUAUUACUUUGCGUGAAAUUAUAGGUAACGCAGUAUCAAAUGUCCUUUGCAAUAAAUAUUUCACCAAUGA